AUGCCUCGUCCCAGACUCCCCAACACCACAAGUGUCCAGCUUGUGCAAGGCAUCACAAGAGGUGGAUGCGAUGAAGAAAAUGCCUGCGAAUACGCUGGUGGAUGUCAUGUUCCUGCCGGUGAAAAGCGGGUCGACAAGUUCCCGCUGCAGGCCCGAAGAUCUCGCGCUGGAAACCGGGUUACGCAGCCCGCGCAGUCUGACAAACGACAGCCCACGGCCUGCAAACCCUCAGGCAUCAGCAGACAUUGUCAGCCCAGAAAAACUUCUCGCACCAACAUCACCGGACAGCUGAUCAAGGCUCACGCGGCCAACUCCGUGAGUCCGUCCUUGGCCUGUGAGUCCACUUGGAAAGGCGCGGGUAGUCGCGCAAAGUACCCAAAGAUCGCAUACGCAAUGGCAAACAACGGAAUCCGACGGAAAGAUACGACAAAAGGGCCUCCCUUGCGUAUUCUAUCACUAGAUGGCGGAGGUGUGCGGGGGUAUUCGAUGCUCAUCAUCCUCCAAGAGUUGAUGCACCGAACUUUUGUCGAAACUGAGGGCAGAGCACCCAAGCGCCACGAAGUACCCAAGCCAUGCGAGCACUUCGACCUGAUAGCAGGCACUGGCACGGGAGGCCUGAUUGCCAUUAUGUUGGGCCGCCUGAGGAUGGACGUGGAGACGUGCAAAGACGUCUAUGUGCGCAUGACGAGGCGUGUCUUUGAGACGGAUAAGACGUUUGCUGGAAUCCCCUAUCGAUCGACUCUGUUCAAGGCAUCCAAGUUGGAGGAGGCUAUUAUGGAAUGCGUGCGCGAACACACCAUCUACGACGACGAAGGCAACGACAACCAUGGCGGACUGGCAUCCUCCGCAGACCUUCAAACGCCAAUGACACCAGGAAGCGCAAUGCCCCGGCGCAUGGAACGAAGCGUUAGCAACGCCAGCCGAUAUAGCCAGAUUGGGACGUCGCCAGUGAAUAUGCGCAUGGCGGCGAUGAAAUGGGGCAACCCGCACGCACAGCUCUACGACAACCGCGAAGAGCGUACCAAGACAGCCGUCACAGCUGUCUACAAAGGCACCAAGAAGGCGGGCACCGGCCAGAUCUUUCUCCGCUCGUAUGAUUCACGCAAAGAACCCCCCGUCGAACCGAAUGCGACGAUUUGGCAAGCAGGACGAGCCACUUGCGCCACUGCCUUGGCCUUCAAGCCCAUUCAGAUUGGCCAAUCUGUCUUCCUCGAUGAGGGCACUGGGAAAUAUAAUCCUGCGCCGAUGGUGCUUGACGAGGCUGUCUGCAAUGAAUGGCCUGGAAGGGAGGUCGGAGUCUUUAUCAGCAUCGGUACAGGCAAGCGACCGGACGGCACCAACAACCAACAACACCUCUGGUGGGAAGGCUUUGUCUCAGGCGGCAUUGGAGACUUUGCUGAAGCACGACGAAGGCUGAUACAGAAGAUUGAGGAUUGCGAAAAGACCCAUUUAGCAAUGAAGGACCACCUCGCAAAGCGUCAAGUCAACCCGGAGAACUACUAUCGAUUAAAUGUCCAUGUAGGUGUUGGUGAAUUUGGAAUGAAUGAGUGGAACGCGCUCGCCGACAUCAGCACCAACACGCGCAUGUACCUCGCCGAGAAGAACGUCCAGGCCAUUACAUUAGACUCAGCCGCCAAGAUUGCUCGCAUACACUUUGCAAAGCUACGAUGGGAGCGCACACAGAAAAAUAUAUCGCCAUACGCAGGCGCAGAAGCACCAAACAAGCCUCUUCCGACCAUACCCGAUCCUCACCCUAUGGCAGUUGAGUUGCCAGCAGAGGAGCUCACACCGGAAUAUGUUGCCAGCCUCCAUCCUGCAUUGCGACCUAUACCUGCACCUCAUCGCCGGCCAUCUGAUGAUGCUAAAUACCUGGCCGUCUCCUCAGAUGAGUUCCCUCAAGUAGUAACCAGUGAUGUUUUACCCCGACAUUCUGGCGACUUCACGUCUCUGGGGCGUCGAUCCGACGAGCAGUUCUCGGCAGUUGGACGGCCUUUAUCCAUGUCCAGUCUCACUCCAAGCUUCGAGGAUCGGUUGCAACAAGCGCCUCCGAGACCUCCCAAGACACCCAUGGAAGCUGACUUGCGGCCGGUGGGUCUACCGAGUGCUGCGCGAACGUCGCCGCCAGCUGGAUCAAGUUUUGCUCGACCACCACCGGGUGCGCCACUGCCGUAUCCAGAUGAUGAUGGGCCGCCACCGGUUGUCAAUAAAGCCACGAAACCCGAUUAUUCACGAUGA